GAAUUACCGAUCGUUCUUUGGGCUAGCUUUCUCUCAUCGAAUUGAUUGUAUGCGCAAUUAGCCUCUUUUAUCCGCGCACCAUGGAUUUCGAUUCCCUCAAGAACCAAGUCAGUAACCUGACUCUUUAUGAUCUCAAGGCGGGAGUGCGCAAGGUCCAAAAUGCCGUCAUGAAUUACACUGAGAUGGAGGCCAAGGUCCGAGAAGCUACAAACAAUGAGCCUUGGGGUGCCUCAACAACAUUAAUGCAGGAGAUUGCCACUGGAACUCAUCACUAUCAAUUACUCAAUGAGAUCAUGCCCAUGAUUUACAAGCGAUUUACGGACAAGACAUCGGAAGAAUGGCGACAGAUCUAUAAGGCCCUCCAACUACUCGAAUUUCUCAUCAAGAACGGGUCCGAACGUGUUGUUGACGAUGCCCGAUCGCACCUGUCCCUCAUUCGUAUGCUUCGCCAAUUCCACUACAUCGAUCCCAAUGGGAAGGACCAAGGAAUCAACGUCCGCAAUCGAGCGCAGGAAUUAGUGAAGCUUCUGGGCGAUGUUGAGCUGAUCCGCGCUGAGAGGAAGAAGGCUAGGGCCAACCGUAACAAAUUUCGCGGUUUCGAGGGUGGAUCGGGCAUGGGAGGUGGAAUUGGGAGUUCUGGAGGAGGUCGCUAUGGAGGUUUUGGCAGCGAUAGUCUCUCUUUUGGCGGCUAUAGUGGUGGUGUCUACGGUGACGGCGGCGGCUUUGGAGGCGCAACUGGGGAUUUCGAAGAUACUGGUAGACGUGGCAAUCGCUUUGAGGAAUACGACGAAUACGAUGAAGCAGAUGCUGCUCCAACCCGAAGGCAUGCGGCUAGUCCUCCCCGUGUUCAGAAAGAAACGAAAAAGCCCGAGGCGCCGAAAGCUCCUGAGCCGGACCUCGUCGACUUACUCGAGGACGAACCCGCACCGGCUCCUGCCUCAACCGCAUCCUCCGUUGCCGCCGGAAAGCAGCCCGCGGGCAACAAUGGGCUCAACAUGCUUGACCCUAACCCGGCUGAUGACGAUGACUUUGACGAUUUCCAGUCCGCCCCCUCAGCACCCUCGUCAUCCAAUACAUUCAGCAUCCCUCCACCCGCUUCAACCGUCAGCACCACUUCCACCACUCAAUUUGCCGCUCCUCGACCAGUGUCCGGAACACAAGGGUCAAACUUGAAUGGCAUCGUCGGCUUCACCUCGAUGACGCCGACACCGACGUCGAGUGGUGUUUCUUCUCCUGUUCUCCCAACGCAGAACUCAAAGAUAGCUCAGCAGCCAAGACCUACCGGCUAUCAGGCGGCGACCCCCAAUUAUUUCACUUCCGUUGCCACCCAGCAAACGCCGUCUGCUCCUUUAGGCCACCGGCCAUCUAUGCCGUCCACUUCGUCUUUUUCAUCUGCAACUGGUCCGACCGCUGCAUCCAAAGGUAGCAAGCCUACAGCCUCAAAGGCCUCUGGUGAUGCAUUCGGGUCACUUUGGUCCGCAGCCAGUGCGAAUGCUGGAAUUCAGAAGUCCGCAGCCAACGCCAGCAAAGGGCCUAACCUGGCAAGCAUGGCCAAGGAAAAGGCAAGUGCAGGUAUCUGGGGGACGCCUUCGCCCAGCUUGUCGUCACCAGUAUCCCAGCAACAACCACAGCAAGGGGCAAAGACGGGUAGCUCGGGGCUGGAUGACCUUCUGGGCUAAAUUUAUUUUCAAGCCUGUUUCCUCAACUCUCAACCUUGGACGAUGUCUUCUUGUUUGGAAAAUCACUGUUUUACUGAGAGUAUGCUGCUGGAAAUAAAACGUGCUUGUCUUAUUUUAAUCGAUGGCAAUACAUCUCUGAGCGGUCAACUGGUUCAUUCUUGGUCUUCUUCCUUCGUCUCACUUCCCCUGUGUUUUUUUUGUUGCUAUUAAGCUUGUAAAAUACUGCUUAGACAAACCCAACAUGAGC